CACGCCUCGCCUCGUUUUUUCUCAAUAGUUGUCAGAGCCUCGGGUCACUCACUAGUCGUCGUGAGGCAUCUUCCACUCCCUUUCUUUCUCUCUCUCUGUCUCCCUGUCCUCCACCUUCUCAGGUCUUCAGCAUCCCAGUUUUGCAAAGGCUGAGAAAACCGUGGACCGCGCAGCAGCUCGUGUACUCUGAGGUUGUUUGAGUAGCCGCAUCUGAGUGAGGCAGGAAAACAAACGCAAGUCUUUUCUCUUCAAAAGUUCUCCUCCACUCAAACUCCGACCAUGUCCGGCGAAGACGCACCUGCUCAGCAGCAAAACGCCGAGGAGCAGAAGCAGCAAGAGACCAAGACGCCCGCCGAGUCCCCAAAAACCGAGAGCAAACCUGACCCACCGCCCACCAGCGCGUCCACCGAGGCCGCCGCCACUGCUGCUGCCGCCGCCGACACCCCGGCGCCCGCCGCCGAGAAAGCCCCAGAGGAGGACACAUUCACCUACCGGGCGCUGGUGCUCACCGGCUAUGGCGGGUACGAUAAGGUGAAGCUCCAGGUGAAGAAGGGGAAACCUGCUCUCAAGAGCGGCGAGGUGAUGGUGCGCGUGAAAAUGUGCGGGCUGAACUUCGCCGAUCUGAUGGCGAGACAGGGACUGUACGACCGGCUGCCGUCCCCGCCGGUUACCCCGGGCAUGGAGUGCUCGGGCGUCAUCGAGGCUGUCGGUGAAGAAGUGACUGACAGAAAAGUGGGUGAUAAGGUUCUGGUUCUGAACCGGAGCGGGAUGUGGCAGGAAGUAGUAGUGGUGGCGAGCACACACACCUUCCUGAUGCCCGAGGGCAUGAGCUUUGAGGAGGCGGCAGCACUUCCUGUCAAUUACAUCACCGCCUACAUGAUGCUUUUCGACUUUGGGCACCUGCGUCCAAACCAGAGUGUCCUCGUCCAUAUGGCCGCAGGUGGAGUGGGCAUCGCAGCCACUCAGCUGUGUAAAACGGUGAAUGAUGUCACAGUGUUCGGCACCGCCUCCGCCAGCAAGCAUGAGGUCAUCAGUCAGGGUGGAGUCACUCACCCUAUCGACUACAGGACGCGCGAUUACGUGGAGGAGGUCCGCAAAAUAAGCCCUAAAGGCUUGGAUAUUGUUUUGGAUCCUCUGGGAGGCUCUGACACCCAUAAAGGCUACAACCUGCUCAAACCAAUGGGAAAGCUCAUCAGCUACGGUGCCGCUAACAUGUUGGCGGGCCAGAAGAAGAACCUGUUUGCAGUGGCCAAGACCUGGUACCAGCAGUUCUCCGUUCACACCCUGAGCCUGAUCCAAGGGAACCGCUCGGUGUGUGGAUUUCAUCUGGGGUACCUGGACUCUGAGACCGAGCUCAUCGAUCAGGCCAUGACGGCAGUUAUGGACCUGUACAGGCAGGGCAAGGUCAAGCCCCGAAUCGACUCCACCUACCACCUAGAGCAGGUUGGUGAUGCCAUGCGUAGGAUGCAGGAGAGGAACAACAUCGGCAAAAUCAUCCUCACCACCGAGCCCAUGAAAGAAGAGGAGAAGAAAGAGGAGGCCAAGAAAGACGAGGAGAAGAAAGACGACAAGAAGAAGGACGACAAGAAAAAGGACGACAAGAAGAAGGAAGACAAGAAGAAGGACGAGGCCAAGAAGGAGGAAAAAAAGGAUGAGAAGAAGAAGGAAGAGGCCAAGAAGGACGACAAGAAAGCGGAAGAAAAGAAGGAAGAAGUCAAGAAAGAGGAGAACUGAGUGGAGAGAAACAUUGUGGAUUUGCUUUUUGUCUGUGUCAGCGGGUUGGGAGUCGUCUGAGUGUGUGUAUGUGUGCGUGUGUGUUUCUGUGUGUGUGUUUAUGGAGGGGUGUAUAGUGUAAUUAGCUUAACCCCAGGUGAUUCCUGACAUUAGAUCUGCAUUUGUCACUCAACACAAUUCACACUCCACUUACGUUCACACACAUGCAUACACACACAUUAUACACCAAGGGAACACACCACUUGUUCUUGUUCUGUUGUAACCCGGUAGUAUUUAUUCCCAGUUCUGCUGCGGCCUUUCUAACUCUUUCGUAUGACUGCACGCCACUGAGGUGUGUUAGGGCAGUAUUAUCCUUUUUAUAAGUAUCACCGCAGUGUUUACUCUUGAAUUAUAUAACAAAGUAACCGUAUUCUGCACACUUUAAGUUCAUAUCCUCUAACCUUAUUCCUGCCAAACUAAUGCACUAUAACAAGAAAAGUAAUUGUAUUCCACUGAAGUCUUUGUUAUCUUUGUAGACGCGAACCAAAAAGCACCUCAUUCGCUCUCUACACCCCUCCGUGUGUUUGCGUAUCUGCUGUGAAGACUGGGUUUCCAUUCCCUAUUAUUAUUUUUUUGUCUCUGAAGUGAGUGCGCUUGUUUAAUUUGCCAUACGUCAUCAAAAGUGAUAUUUUUCUGCCCACCUUGGCGCACAAAAAACAAGAGCACCCACCUACACUCCCAUUGUUUGUGUUGUUUCCCUCCCAUUGGACCAGACUCACUGACAUGCACUCAAGCCCCGCCCCUCUACGGAGGAGUCAGGGUGGUUUCCGAUUGGCUGAGAGGGACAACAAGCUUCUUUCAUGCGCACACAUGUGCACCAAAUUCACAAACAGCCCGCCAACGCUACUAACAAGGGUGUUUUAGGCUUCAGCUGAUCAAUGUGCCAUGUCAUUAAAACGGUAAGCGCCAGGGUUUUAAUGAGUCUAGCUUGGCAAGCAGGACCAAUUAUAGAGAACAUUCUUCCAGGCUUUUUCCCAUCGUUUUGCCUUCUAUCAGAUGUGGAUGCAUAAAGACAGGAGUGGCCUUUCAUUCCAGAGCCUCCUCCAGGAUUCCUCGGGAUCCUGACGCUUUCCGCCUCUCAUUCCCCGUGAUGGUUUACCACGCGAUCAUGCUGACCUGCAGCUCACAUUUAAGUCUGAAUGGCUCUCUAACUCACUCUGUCCGUAUCAUUUUUCCUCAUAGAGGUUGCCAUAGCAACAGCAGCUUGGCUACUUCGGGAUGACAGCUAGGUCUCACCCCCUCACAGUCCCAUGCGGACCUAUACAAGCACUCUCAGCUGCUUUUUUCAUGAAACUACAGUGGUUUUAUUUCAGCACAUUGAGGAAUGUGGCUACUCCCUCUACACCCUCUCUUAGACCCAUCAGUCAAACCCUCUGGCUCCUCCCCUGUCUGUCAGAGAGCAGUGAUCUGCUGCCUCCACUGGUGAUUUAUAUGCAUUGCAGUGCUAUCAUUCAAGCAUUCAAGACACCUGCUGACCACUCUCUUUCUAUUCACACCGUGAGUCUGGUUCAUUUCGUUGAGUGUUUUUGUGAAUCAAAACCAGACCCCCUCUUUUAUAUGUAAGUCUGUUUGAGUGAGUGAGUGAGUGUGUGUGUGUGUGAGUUUCUGUAUUUGACCGUUUGUCCUCAGGUUUGUUGUCGGAUUUAGAUUCAAAUGUUCUUUCUUUUCUGUCUCUCUACCUCCCUCAUGCUACCUUUAUGCUACCGUCUGGCAUUUUAACCGUCUUCUCUUCUUCUCCUCCGUCAGUUUCUAACUCUUGAAUAUUCCGGCCCCCAUCAACGGCCUGCGUUGGUUUGCUAUCGUUUGCACUCAGCUUGCACUUAUAGAGAAUGCUGGUUCCACUCCUGAUCCUCCAGUAAAGCUGGUUCCUGAUCCAGGUUUUCACUCAGACCUUCCGUUUCAAUACUCGUUCUCCCACCAACACACUCACUCUUUAUGCGUCUCUAAAAAUGUUUGAACAUGCAUGGAGUUGCUCACAAGGCUGCAUUGUUUGAUGCAUGCUCCUGUUUACAUAAUCACUAUAUGAGUGCAGAAAUCCGUCCAGGCCUAGAAUGCUCUAGGACGGGAGUGGAACCACUGUUCUAGUCUGAAGAGUCACAUACUAAAUCCCGGUUCGGUUUUUAGUUCCGGAUCCGAGGGGUUGAGUUUCUUGUUGUGUUCCGCUGGUUCUCUUCCUGUGUUCCUGUGGAUGGUGACUCAGAGCACCAAGUAACCCUAACUAACACUUCAGUGAAAAAAUAUCCGUCCUCUUUGUGUUUUGGUUCUGUUUUGUUCUGUAUGUUUGUUUUUGUGGUCUGCAUUUCAGUAGAUUUGAGUUCAAAAGGCUUUGCUGCAGUUCCUCUAAAAUGUGAUGAAUCAUGUGAUUUUGUUGGUCCUGACCGAGUGUGCCAAACUUUUUCGUGAAGGCGUGACCUUCGCUAUAACUGUGCUUACUGUUUUGAAGAGAGAAAAAAAAAAAUUCAAUGAAAGAUGAAGAAAAAAAAAACCUAACCGUCUGUGGUUACUGUCAAAAUGACCUUGCAGUAAAAAGAUCUUGAGAUUCUGAA